GCUUCUCGUCUCUCUCUAAUAGAAUAUUUGUCGAGCAGCUUUGAUUUUUCAUAUAGUAAAAUUAUACCAUCGGUUUAGUGUUGGUACGAUGAUGAUGAAGCAAAAAGAUUCAGCAGCUCAACAAGCCGAGAUUGCUAUAAUCGUGGGCGGUUCUUCAUCAUCUUCUCCUCAGGCUAAUCAUCCGGUGAAAGAAAAAUCUACUGAAGAUGUGCCAAGCGGAACCCAUUUGGAUCUUUCAAUGCAAAUAACCCCUAGACCUAUUCCAUUUGCAGGCGUCCGGAACCCAAAGAGUUCAUUAAAGUCCACAAGUUCAUUCAAAACCGGCACUACAUCCUCACCAAGAGGAAUCUUGCGUAACCUGAGCUUCAAGAAGAAAGUUGUAGUAGCUCAUCCUGAAAGCCAGAGAAGCUCUCUACUAUCUCCCCCUCUCAUGGAAACAGCUCAAAAUCCAACAACUUCUCCGUACUGGAAAAGAUGCUUGUCGCUUCCAUCUAGACAUGCCUCUAAGCUGUCUCCUAAGGCAUCUGCACAUGUAUCAAUUAGUGUGACCAGUGAACAACCUAUUCAGGAAAAAGGCGAAAAAGAAGAUUGUAUUUUGUUACAGAAAGAUUCAACUUAUCCAUCAGUUUCAAGGUCCUUGUCCAUGCCUGGGAGAAACAUAGUGAUUGUAAGAUCCAUUUCAUUUGACAACCACAAAGCUCAUGUUUCCUCUGAGACAAAUGCAGAUCAAACCUCUCCCGUUCCCAUGGAAGAAACAGAUGAAGAAAUUCCAGAGGAAGAAGCGGUUUGCAGAAUCUGUCUAGACGUUUGCGAAGAAGGGAAUACUCUGAAAAUGGAAUGCAGCUGCAAAGGUGAUCUAAGACUUGUUCAUGAAGCCUGUGCCAUUAAGUGGUUUAGUACAAAGGGGACAAGAACCUGUGACGUAUGUAGACAAGAAGUCCAAAACUUACCAGUUACAUUGCUUCGAGUGCCCUCAAUUAACCAAUCAAACAACAGACGUGCUCGCGGUCAACAGAAUCUACAGUCACAAACCGCUAGUGCUUGGCAAGAGUUUGUGGUGUUAGUUCUGAUCAGCAGUGUCUGUUACUUCUUCUUCCUCGAGCAAUUGCUGAUUAGGGACUUGAACUCGAAAGCUGUCUACAUAGCAGGGCCGUUUUCAUUAACGUUAGGCCUCUUUGCAUCCGUUUUUGCUAGUGUCCUUGCUAUCAGAGAAUACAUAUGGACAUAUGCAGCACUUGAGUUUGCACUUGUGGGCAUCUUGGUUCAUCUACUAUAUACUAUAGUGAGACUGCCUGCAAUCUAUGCUGUACUUUUUGCAGGGAUUAUUGGUUUUGGGGUAGCCGUGUGCCUUAACUCAUUGUACCUUUAUUAUUUCUCUUUGCGUGUACGUGUUGCACAGAACUCAAAUCCAGUAUGA